UCGCGAAAUUGCAGUAAACCCUCUUCCGUCUUCGCUUCCGAUACUGCAAAUUCUCAAAUUCCCCAUUUCAGUCCCGUCCAUCUUUCCGGUCGCCGACUGAUGGAGAAGUCAGGGUACGGCGGCGACGGCAUUUACAGAUCUCUGAGGCCGCCAUUACUCCUCCCUUCAGACCAAAACCUCUCAAUGCUCUCAUUUCUGUUCCGCAAUGUCUCUCAGUACCCAGAUAAGCCCGCCCUCGUCGACGCCAACUCCGGCCGGACUUUAACUUUCUCCCAAUUAAAAUCCCAAGUCUCAAAAGUGUCGCAUGGGUUAAUGCAUCAACUGGGCUUACGUAAAAACGACGUCGUUCUCAUCUUCUCCCCCAACUCCGUUGAAUUCCCCCUCUGUUUCUUCGCUAUCGUAGCCAUCGGCGCCGUAGCCACAAUGGCCAACCCGAGCUAUACGGUUUCCGAGCUUUCUAAACAGCUCAAAGAUUGUAGCCCUAAGCUCAUCGUCACCGUUCCUUCGUUGCUAGAUAAGGUUACAGGAUUCAAUUUACCCGUUUUGCUUCUGCGUCCGGAAAACGCUAAUCUUAAUAUAAGCAAGUCGCGUGCGCGGGCGGGUAUUACGUUUUUCCACGACCUGGUUAGAAAUUCCGGGUCAUUGGAUUUGGGUAGGGUUUCCAUAAAGCAGAGUGAUGAAGCUGCAUUGUUGUAUUCUUCGGGGACGACGGGGAUUUCCAAAGGCGUAGUGUUGACUCAUCGGAAUUUCAUUGCAGCAGCGAAUAUGGCGGCUUCCGAUCAAGACGCGGCAGGGGAAAUCCACAAUGUAUUCCUGUGCGUUUUGCCCUUGUUUCACGUAUUCGGUCUUUCUGUUAUUACGUAUUCGCAGUUGGCAAGGGGGAAUGCCGUUGUUAUUAUGGAGAAGUUCGAUCUGAAUAAGACUCUGAAGAAUGUGGAGAAGUAUGAAGUGACACAUCUGCGAGUCGUGCCUCCCAUUUUACUGGCCAUGGCGAAGAAUAGUUUGGUGAAGAAGUAUAAUCUGCAAUCCUUGAGGCUUAUUGGCAGCGGGGCUGCACCGUUGGGUAAAGAAUUGAUGGAGGAAUGCGCCAAGAAUUUCCCACACGCCAUUGUUACCCAGGGAUAUGGCAUGACAGAAACUUGUGGAGUUAUCUCAUCUGAGAAUCCAAAUAUUGGCCCGAGACACACUGGAUCAUCUGGAAUGCUUCAAUCAGGAAUUGAAGCUCAAAUAGUUAGUGUCAGUGAACUGAAGCCUCUUCCUCCUGGCCAAAUAGGGGAAGUAUGGGUGCGAGGGCCUAAUGUGAUGCGAGGUUAUUACAACAAUCCACAGGCCACCAGUCUUGUUAUAGAUAAACAGGGCUGGGUCCAUACUGGUGAUCUUGGAUACUUUGAUGAGGAAGGACUGCUAUACAUUGUUGACCGAAUUAAGGAGCUCAUAAAGUACAAAGGUUUUCAGGUUGCACCAGCAGAGCUUGAAAGUCUGCUCAUUUCUCAUCCUGAAAUAGUCGAUGCAGUUGUCAUCCCGUUUCCCGAUGCUGAAGCUGGCGAGAUCCCAGCUGCAUACGUUGUUCGCUCCCUCAACAGCUCGCUGACUGAGGAGAAUGUCCAAAAGUUCAUAGCACAUCAGGUUGCACCUUUCAAGAGGCUUAGGAGGGUAACAUUCAUAAACAGUGUGCCAAAAUCUGCCUCAGGGAAAAUACUCAGAAGACUACUUAUUGAAAAGGCGCGAUCAAGAAUAUGAUAUAAAUGUAUUAUGUUGUUUAAUGUACUUGGUGAUAUGUAUAAACUAAACAAUAUAAUGCAACAAUAGAUCACACGGUCUAUUA